CCGGUUCCGGUGGAAGAUGGAGCAAGUGAGGUGAAGGAUGUAGCUCCAGGGGAAGCGGCCCAGUCAGGCCUCCACCUCCCUCCUCCAUGGGCCAGCAGGUCGGACUGCUAUGGAAUAUGAGGGGAAGCUGGCCCGCUUCCGACAGGGACACCUCAACCCCUUUGACAAGACCCCCCUUCAGGCCUCACCUGACCCCAGGACGAGCAACAGCGAAGCUGAGUUCCCGCAUAAAGACCUGAGGCUGGAAUUGACCUCUGAGGAGCCGACCUUUCUGUGUUCAGAGCGUGCCAUGGACCUGGGACUGGCGGAGGAUCACUUCUCUCGGCCUGUGGGGUUCUUCCUGGCCUCUGACAUUGAGCAGCUGCGCCAAGCCAUUGAGGAGUGCAAGAGCCGGAUCCUGGACCUCCCGGACAAUUCGGAGAAGCAGAAGGACGCGGUGGUGCGGCUCAUCCACCUUCGGCUCAAACUCCAGGAGCUGAAGGAUCCCAGUGAAGACGAGCCCAACAUCCGCAUCAUCCUCGAACAUCGCUUCUACAAGGAGAAGAGCAGCAAGAGCGUGAAGCAGACCUGUGACAAGUGCAGUGCCAUCAUCUGGGGCCUCCUCCAGACCUGGUACACCUGCACAGGUUGCUCUUACCGCUGCCACAGCAAGUGCCUGGACCACAUCACCAAGCCCUGCGUGCGCUCCAAGGUCAGCCACCAGGCCGAGUACGAGCUGAGCAUCUGCCCAGAGACUGGGUUGGAUAGCCAGGACUACCGCUGUGCCGAAUGCCGGGUGCCCAUAUCCCUCCGGGGAGUCCCAAGUGAGGCCCGGCAGUGUGACUACACAGGCCUUUAUUUCUGCGGCAACUGUCACUGGAACGACCAGGCCGUCAUUCCCGCCCGGGUCAUCCACAACUGGGAUUUUGAACCUCGUAAGGUCUCUCGCUGCAGCAUGCGCUACCUGGCCCUGAUGGUGUCGCGGCCAGUCCUCAAGCUGCGCGAGAUCAACCCUCUUCUGUUCAAUUACGUUGAGGAGCUGGUGGAGAUCCGGAAGCUGCGCCAGGACAUCCUCCUCAUGAAGCCAUACUUCAUCACCUGCAAGGAGGCCAUGGAGGCCCGGCUGCUGCUCCAGCUGCAGGACCGGCAACACUUUGUGGAGAAUGACGAAAUGUACUCACUGCAAGACCUAAUUGACAUCAAUGCUGGGCGGCUUGGCUGCUCCCUGACAGAGAUCCAUACACUGUUCGCGAAGCACAUUAAACUGGACUGUGAGCGGUGCCAAGCAAAAGGUUUCGUGUGUGAACUCUGCAAGGAGGGGGACGUGCUUUUCCCCUUUGACAGCCAUACCUCAAUGUGCAUGGAUUGCUCAGCUGUCUUUCACAGAGAUUGCUAUUACGACAACUCCACAACAUGCCCUAAAUGCGCCCGACUCAAUCUGAGAAAGCAGUCGCUGCUGAAGGAUCCCAGCAUGGAGCUGCAAGCCUAACAACGUCUUCCAGAGACACAAUAGUAUUGGAGGCUUGGUCUUCCCCAGUGGGCUGGGCUCCACCAGAAUUUACCUGGGAAGAGGGUCGUCUCAUAUUGGUAGAAGGAUAUGCAUAUUACCCAGGAAUGCUGUUGAGAAUGUACUGUUGAAAGCUGGACAAUCAAGCAGCUGGACAGAGAAAGCUGCCAAGACGUCUCCAUGUGUGCUGGGCUUUGGAAUAUCUCCAGAUCUCAAAUUAGGAGAUGAAGGACUCACUCAAGGUUUGGGCUAAGAGAAGGACAUGCUGUUGGCUUAAGGAUGACUCCAAGCCAGUCUGGAGAGAGAACUACGAAGGCAAGGCUGGCUGCCAGCUUUCCUUAGUGACUGCUUCUUAGCACUGCCGGCCUGUGCUCUGUGCUGGCGCAUGGCAACAAAAGUGCGGCUGUGGCCUCCUUCCAGGCAAGGAUAACUAUAUCUGGAAAGGAGAUUUCAGUUAUAUUGGCCUUAGGGAGGUGGCUUGAUAUCCUCAAGUUAUUUCUUCUAUUUGGAGGUGGAAAGAGAGGACCUUCUCUCCUCCAUGGUGCUCAAGGAAUGGGUUGGAACAGUCCCUGGCAUCCCCUGAGAUGGCCGAUCAUAGUUGAAACCACAGUAAAUUAUCACAGGCACUCAAAUCACUUUAAAUAAAGCUGUGUGUGAACUCUU